UCCAACUUCAGGUUCACUCAGCGAUCGGAAUCAAACCAAAUGUUGCUACAGAAUCCUAAGAUUAAGAUGGAGUUCCCGUUUGAAACUGCCUAUGAGGAAUUGUGUCCGAUUUGUGGAGACAAGGUAUCGGGAUAUCACUAUGGCCUUCUGACCUGUGAAAGUUGUAAGGGCUUUUUCAAACGCACAGUUCAGAAUAACAAACGCUACACCUGUGUAGAAAACCAGUGCUGUCAAAUCGACAAAACCCAGAGGAAACGAUGCCCUUACUGUCGGUUCCAAAAAUGUCUGACUGUCGGAAUGAAGCUGGAAGCUGUACGGGCAGAUCGCAUGAGAGGAGGUCGGAAUAAGUUUGGGCCCUUGUAUAAGCAAGACAGGGCGCUGAAGCAGCAGAAGAAGGCUCUCGUUCAUGGCAGUGGAAUCAAAUUGGACCCUGCCCCCUACGUAAUGCAAGGCGUACCAAAGGAGCUCAGUGCCCCCGUCCCCAGUGAGAGCCUACACUCUCCGUCCAAAUGCCUUUCCUUCAGCUACCACGGCCUGUCAGCGGGGGAUUGCGAGAGCGGUGUGGCGGGCACUAUGCCAGUCAACGUCCCCCUGGCUGCAAACGGAACCCUGCCGGGUUACCACCUGUGCAACCCCUUCCUGAGCUGCCACGUCAAGUCGGAGCAUGUGGACCCCAGAUACCCGGGCUCACCCGAGCCGUUGCUCAGCAGCCCGUACCCAGAGGCCUACAGGCCCAGUCCCUCGGCCGCUGUGCCCCAGCUCAUCCAAGAGCUGGUGAAGUGUGAACCAGAUGAGGCACAGGUCCAGGCAAAGAUCUUAAGCUACCUCCAGCAAGAGCAGACCGCCAGGGGGAAACACGAGAGGCUCAAUACAUUUGGAAUCAUGUGCAAGAUGGCUGACCAAACCUUAUUCUCCUUGGUGGAGUGGGCCAGAAGCAGUAUAUACUUCAAGGAGCUAAAGGUGGAUGACCAGAUGAAACUUCUCCAGAAUUGCUGGAGUGAACUACUAGUCAUGGACCAUAUCUACCGACAAGUGGCCCACGGGAAGGAGUCGAGUGUCCUCCUGGUAACAGGGCAACAGAUUGAUCUAUCAACCAUCAGUUCGCAAUCAGGAGCCACGCUGAAUAACCUGGUGAGCCGUACGCAGGAGCUGGUCACGAAGCUCCGCGCUCUGCAGACUGACCGGCACGCGUUUGUCUGCCUGAAGUUCCUGGUGCUCUUCAGCCCUGACGUGAAGAAUCUGGAAAACCGACCCUUUGUAGAGAGCAUCCAGGAGAAGGUCAACAGAUCUCUGAUGGAGUACACAAUGUGCUUCCCACAGCAGGCUGACCAGUUCGGACAACUACUCCUGAGGCUCCCUGAAAUCCGAGCCAUCAGCAUGCAGGCCGAAGAAUACCUCUACCUCAAGCAUUUAAACGGAGACAUUCCUUGCAAUAAUCUGCUGAUUGAAAUGCUCCAUGCCAAGAGGUCAACAUCACUGAGGAUGUCAAGGGCUGAUAUGGAAUCGGCACUUCGUGAGAAUCCAGGUUGGUCAGUGAUGGAAAGGAGUGUUGUGCUUUCCCGAUUCAUGGUGGAGAGAAUCAGCUCAUCAUUGCAAUCCACACUGAGUUUGACCGUGCACCAUGAAUUCCUGUGGUUGUUCGCCACCUAG